AUGGCGGACAAGAUCCGAGCGCGCGAAAUCGGCGAGGCGAUUGGCGUCCUCGACCGUCUGAUCGACCUCGAGCCCGAGGAGCUGGAGUACCCUCUCCUGAAGGCGCACCUGCACAUGCGCAACAGCGAACCCGAACUCGCACUGCGCGAGUUCGAAAACUUGCUGAAGAAGGAUCCGUUCCACGUGGAGGCCUUUCGCGGCCUCCUCAUGGUGACUUCGGAGACGAACAAACCAACCGGUGAACUGUUAAAGAGGAUCGAAGAGGCCGUUAGGGUUUGCGAGGAGCGAGGGAGCGUUUCCGAUGCAAGGGACUUUAAGCUGCAGGUUGCGCAGAUUAAGGUCAUCGAUGGGGACUUUUCCGAUGCGCUCAAGGUGUAUGAGGAAAUUGUGGAGGCGCAACCUGAGGAUUUUAGACCUUACUUGUGUCGGGGUAUUGUCUAUGCCUUGCUCAGAAGGAAGGACGAGGCUGAUGCACAGUUUGAGAAGUACCGUUCUCUUGUUCCGGAGGAUCAUCCUUAUAAGCAGUAUUUCGAGGACCAUGCUAAGAUUUUCGAGAGGGUUGGAGAGUAG